AUGAGCCCCGUGCUGGUCUUCAUAGAACAGAACGCGGCCGGGGUAGGCGAAUCCGACCGCCGCGCCCUCCGUUCUCACGUCAUGAGGGGCAAGAAUGCCGGCAGACCGCGACCCUCGACGCGGAGACGGACGAGCAAUGUUCCCAUCAGGCGUCAGCUGAAGAUCCCGCGACGGGUGUUCUGGAAUGACUUCUGUCUGACAUCUUUCCCCCAAGAACUGGAUCCGGACUCCACGAGGCUCAUGCAUCGGUGGUUCCUUGACAUCAGUGACGCUCUGUUCCCGCCCCAGUUUUGCUACAAGUUCGAUAUCUUGAAAUCGAUCUGGGUCAACUGCAUACUGGUAGAUGAAGCAUGCAAGUAUAAACUGCAACUCACGCAGUCGAACUUCCACUCGACCUUGGCCGUGUCGGCAUCGUACGUCGACUUCUUUGAACGAAAGCCCGCCACGUCGCCCAGGGCUCUGCAUCACGUAUGUCAGGCCUAUUCGUUGGUCAACCUCAAGCUUUCGGGUCCUCAUGCUGUAUCGGACAGCGCCAUUGCCGCCGUCGUCACCCUCGCCAUCUAUCAACAGAUACACCAGCAACACGCCACUGGCCUCAUACACCUCAAAGGGCUCCAUCGAAUGAUUGAGUUACGCGGGGGUAUCGCCAGGUUGAUGAAGGAGAACCGUCCGUUGGCCCUCAAGCCGCUCAGCAGGCUCGAUAUUGAACUGGCCGUGCAAAACGGGUCAGCCACGCUGUUUGACAGUCAGGAUGUGCCCGUGACGACCGUCUUGUGCGACUCUAGUACUGUCGCAGAACAGCUCUCCGUCUACCCCCUCGGGCUGCCCCGCAUCAUGCUGGACCUCAUCGUCUUCGCCGGCAUCCUCAACGACAGGGUGAAGAACGGACGGUCCAAGCUCAACCCUCUGGACUACACGGAGACGCUCAUAUCACUCCUCUACCGUCUCUUGGAAGGCGAACCUCUCAGAAGGCCCCCGCUCGCUUCGGAAGGCCUCUACGGCGACGCGGCACGUCUCGCGAUGUUGGCGUUCAUGACCGGCCUGCUCCCCAACUACUGCCGCGACAACUUCGGUUCGUCGCUUCUAUGCGCCCGUCUGGCGGACGCCGUUCGAGAGCUCCACUCGACGACGACGCACGAAUUAGACGCGCGGGCCGGUGGCGGCGGCGUCCCGCUGCUGCUGUGGAUCCUCUUUGUGAGCGGCAUCUCGGUCUUGAAAACCGACGACCACGGCUGGCUGCUUUUCGCAGUCGCCGAGACUUGCCAUUACGCGGACCUGCGCGACUGGGCGACCGUUCACCAUCUUCUCAGCGGGUUUCCAUGGUUAUACACGCUGCAUGAUGCCCCAGCGCGGCGUUUGUGGGAGGAGGCUCACCGUGUGACGUCGGAGGUGGAUAUUGGAGCGGGGAUGGGGAUGGGUAUAGGGAUACUACUCCCAUCACCCGAGACUAUCAAGGAAGAGGCCAGUAGUCGAUAA